ACACAUAUCUUGAUGACAUAUCAUCUUUAGAGGUAGUAAUCUACUUUAGAGCAAAUUCUUUAACAUAAAAAACAAAAACUCUACCAAAAGAGACCUGAAACAAUUGAUUGAUCAAUCAUCCCCAAAGUUCACAAAAAGCUAACGCCAAUAUAGAAAUACAAUACCUUUAAUUGUAACUUAUCACUAAGCUUUUUAAAUCUUAACCUCUUCUACCUUCUCUACUUAGCCACCAAGAAAAGCCACAGAAAAGACUCGUCAAUCACCUUCUACAUAAAUCUCCACUUGCAUCCAUCUUCAUCAGCAAAAGAACAAACACUCUUUACACACACACACACACACAAUUCAAAGAAGCAAAGAGAUCAAAAGCAGUCGUUACAUAUGAGCGCAGACUGGGGACCAGUGAUUGUAGCGGUAUCUCUGUUCAUCCUACUAUCACCAGGCCUACUGUUUCAGAUUCCAGCGAGGACAAGAGUGGUUGAGUUCGGGAACAUGAGCACGAGCGGUAUCGCUAUUUUGGUUCACGCAGUUAUAUACUUUUGUAUACUCACGAUCUUGGUGAUCGCUAUACAAGUUCACAUCCAUUUCUGAUCUCUCUGCUCUCUUAUAUCAUGUAAAUGUAAAUAACAAAAAAAUAAAAGAGUUUUAUUACAAACUCUAAUGUCUAAAGCAAGAUGACAGAAAGUAAGCAACUUUUGUCUGAAUUUGAGUAAAUAAACAGAGUUAAAGAGACUUUAAAGUAAAAAAAGCAAACUGCAGUAAAUAUUACAAUACAAGUACGAAACAGAACUUUCACCAUGUCUGUUUGUUACAACAACAACAAGAACAAAAAAAAAACUAUAGAUUUUAAGGUAAAUAAAACCCCUAAAUUACAGAG